UUGGAACAUUCUCGGUGAGUAUAUAAGCUCUAACCAGAGCUCCAGCCAGCAUCAGUCAUUUACAAGACGCACAGCCAUGGCAUUCAAGUUUGUUGUUCUCGCCACUUUGGUAGCCGCAGUCAGUGCAGGAUUCCUUCCAGCUGCACCUGUUGCAUAUCAUGCAGCAGCACCAGUAGCUUACCAUGCAGCAGCUCCAGCAGUAACUUAUCAUGCAGCAGCCCCAGCAGUUGCUUAUCAUGCAGCAGCUCCAGCAGUUACUUACCAUGCAUCAGCUCCAGUUGCUUAUGCACCAGCAGCUCAAUUGGUCGCCCACAAAACCAUCGCACCUGAAGACGAUCCUCACCCACAAUACUCUUUCAGCUACGAAGUCCAAGAUGCCAGUACUGGUGAUUUCAAGAACCAACAUGAAACUCGUGAUGGUGAUGUAGUACAUGGAAGCUACUCUCUUCUUGAAUCUGAUGGAACACAAAGAACUGUUGAAUACACCGCUGAUCCAGUCAAUGGAUUCAAUGCUGUUGUACACAAAGAACCUUCUCAAACUGUCGUCAAAGCAGUCCACGCCGCUCCAGUCGUCCAUGCUGCUCAUUUGGUUCAUGCUGCACCAACCUAUACUUACCAUCAUUAAUCUUUUUGUUGAUAAAUAUUCACUUAUGUAAUAUAGACCCUGUGUUUUAAGAUAAUAAAUUUGAUCAACUCUACUUGA